AUGGUAGCAAUCCUACCAAACCCUUUUGCAUUGAAAUCUAACAGCAACCACCGUUACUUAUGCUACGGAGCUGCCGGGAUUCUCCAAUUCACUGGACAGGAUCAGACUCCAUUGUUCACAACGGAGAAUGCACAAACACCCGGAUACGUGCAUAUCAAGCACAAUGCAACCGGCAAAUACUUGGUAAGGGCUCCUGAUCAAAGUGGACCAAACGAAAACACGACCGAUGAAAAUUGCACUUUGUUCGAGUCUGAGAACAUCGGACCAAAUGCCCCCACACAAGUGGUCUUCCGAUUUCGCCAUGUGCAGAGCAAGCUGUAUAUAAGGCCAACCUAUGUGCAAGGUUUAGACGGUGUCCUAUGUGCAUUGAAUGCCAACACUGACGGCAAUGGAGUAGAGGAUCUCCUUACAGCCGUCGGGCAUCGUUGA